UUACAAAUUAUUCAUUAGCUUCUCGAUGAUUAAUUUUCGGUGAUAGUUAAGUAUAUUUGUAACAAAAAAGGUAUAUACAUAUCUUGUAUAACAGUAUAAGUAAUUAAUAAAAAGAAAUCUUGUUGAAGAAAAACUGACAAGGGUAAAAAUUGACGUGCCAGCUCGCAGUGAUUACGAUUAAGAACCCUAUUAGUAUACACUACACUCCACGACUGUAUUUUUUUUCAAGUGCUCUUUCUGGGAAAAAAAUGACAACCCAAAUUAUAAGUUUGUAACAUUUUCUCUGUGGAAAUUAUGGCCAAUCUCUUUAAUAAUAGAAGAGAAAGAAAGUUCGGUGAAAAUGAGUUCAAGAGGAAAGCAGGGUGCCAUCGUUUCUUACCAAAACGUCGUCGUAAUGAGGCACGGCGAGCGCUUCGACAACUUCGAGCCGUCAUGGGCGGCGACGGCGGCGCGGCCUUGGGACCCGCCGCUGGCCGAGGCCGGCCGGAAACGGGCGUUCAAAACGGGCCUGAGGCUCCGAGAGAGUGUCGAGUUUCCGAUCGGGCGCGUCUUCGUUUCGCCGUUCCUCCGCUGCCUCCAGACCGCCGUGGAACUCGUGGCAUCUCUCUCCGAUGGUGUUGCCGUUAAGCCUUCCGAAGUCAAGGUCUCUGUCGAGUAUGGAUUGUGCGAAAUGAUGAACAGCAAGGCUAUCCGUCCCAAUGUUGCCCCCAAAGAUGGAAACAUGGGGUUUGAUGUAGCAGUUUGUGAAGCCAUGCUCCCAGCUGAGAUAGUGGAUAAAAAUGUUGAAAGGAUGUGUAAAGAGUUGCCCCAGUGGGAAGAAUCAGUUCUGCAAGCAGGGGCAAGAUAUCAGCAGUUAAUUAAGGACCUUGCAGAUAAAUACCCUACUGAGAACUUGCUGCUUGUUACACAUGGGGAAGGAGUCAAGGUAGCUGUUUCUUCAUUCAAAAAGGAUGCUGAGGUAAAUGAAGUCGAUUACUGUGGAUAUGUGGAACUUAGACGUCCCAUGUUCAUGAAAGAUCACACAUUUGCCGCUGGAGAGUUCGAUUUACUUACAACUAGUGGUCAAACUGGCGUAAGCUAUUUCCUACCACGUCCUUUGGGAAGUGACACCAACCAAACUUUACCAUGAUCAAGCAUAUACUCGUGAUUCUCACUUCAAGUUUGUGAGCUUUAUACUUGAGUGGUGUCUGUUUCAAGGUUUAUAAUUAGGUGAAUUAAAAAAAAAACAUGUUAAUUAGGAUUUAACAUGUAUAGGAACUUUUCAAAUGCUAGGAGAAAAUGAAAGUGAAAAUCUACAUGUUCCUGAUUCGGAUGUCAUAAUUUCAGAAUAUUUCCAUAGAAAAUUAAUAUAUCCUCUCCUUAACAUGGAGAAUGGAGAUUAAAGUCAAGUAAAAUAUCACAAAACUUUCUUAAAGAACAAAUAUAUAGCCCGUUUGGUUGUAAGUUA